UGUGGCUCGGGCGGCGGCGGCGCGGCGGCGGCAGGGGGCUCCGGGGUCGGACAGUCCGCUCUCCCUGCGCUCUCCGCACCGCGGCUUAAAUGAUGUAUUUUGUGAUCGCAGCGAUGAAAGCUCAAAUUGAAAUUAUUCCAUGCAAGAUCUGUGGAGACAAAUCGUCAGGAAUUCAUUAUGGUGUCAUUACAUGUGAAGGCUGCAAGGGCUUUUUCAGGAGAAGUCAGCAAAGCAAUGCCACCUACUCCUGUCCUCGUCAGAAGAACUGUUUGAUUGAUCGAACCAGUAGAAACCGCUGCCAACACUGUCGACUACAGAAAUGCCUUGCCGUAGGGAUGUCCCGAGACGCUGUAAAAUUUGGCCGAAUGUCGAAAAAGCAAAGAGACAGCUUGUAUGCUGAAGUACAGAAACACCGGAUGCAACAGCAGCAGCGCGACCACCAACAGCAGCCAGGAGAGGCCGAGCCCCUGACGCCCACCUACAACAUCUCGGCCAACGGGCUGACGGAACUUCAUGAAGACCUCAGCAACUACAUUGACGGGCACACCCCCGAGGGGAGCAAGGCAGACUCUGCUGUCAGCAGUUUCUACCUGGACAUACAGCCUUCCCCAGACCAGUCAGGUCUUGAUAUCAAUGGCAUCAAGCCAGAACCAAUAUGUGACUACGCACCAGCAUCCGGCUUCUUUCCUUACUGUUCAUUCACCAAUGGCGAGACUUCCCCAACGGUGUCCAUGGCAGAACUAGAACACCUUGCGCAGAAUAUAUCUAAAUCACAUCUGGAAACCUGCCAAUACUUGAGAGAAGAGCUCCAGCAGAUAACGUGGCAGACCUUUCUGCAGGAAGAGAUUGAGAACUAUCAAAACAAGCAGCGGGAGGUGAUGUGGCAAUUGUGUGCCAUCAAAAUUACAGAAGCGAUACAGUAUGUUGUGGAGUUUGCCAAACGCAUUGAUGGAUUUAUGGAACUGUGUCAAAAUGAUCAAAUUGUGCUUCUAAAAGCAGGUUCUCUCGAGGUGGUGUUUCUCAGAAUGUGCCGUGCCUUUGACUCUCAGAACAACACCGUGUACUUUGAUGGGAAGUAUGCUAGCCCUGACGUCUUCAAGUCCUUAGGUUGUGAAGACUUUAUUAGCUUUGUGUUUGAAUUUGGAAAGAGUUUAUGUUCUAUGCACCUGACUGAAGAUGAAAUUGCAUUAUUUUCUGCAUUUGUACUGAUGUCAGCAGAUCGCUCAUGGCUACAGGAAAAGGUAAAGAUUGAAAAACUGCAACAGAAAAUUCAGCUAGCUCUUCAACACGUGCUGCAGAAGAAUCACCGAGAAGAUGGAAUACUAACAAAGUUGAUAUGCAAGGUGUCUACAUUAAGAGCCUUAUGUGGACGACAUACAGAAAAGCUAAUGGCAUUUAAAGCAAUAUACCCAGACAUUGUGCGACUUCAUUUUCCUCCGUUAUACAAGGAGUUGUUCACUUCAGAAUUUGAGCCAGCAAUGCAAAUUGAUGGGUAAACGUAUCACCUGAGCACUUCUAGAAUGUCUGAAGUACAAACAUGGAAAACAAACAAACAAAAAUUAACCGAGACACUUUAUAUGGCCCUGCACAGACCUGGAGCGCGACACACUGCACAUCUAUUGGUGAUGGGGUCAGGCAAAGGAGGGGAAACAAUGAAAACAAAUAAAAGUUGAACUUGUUUUUCUCAUGCA